AGGCACUGCACAGGUGGCGUCAGCACCCUUCUGGUGAGCGAGCGCGCCGCUGUUUUUGCGUGACCUGAUUGGAGAAUUAGACGGGGCCGCUCUUCCAUCAGCUCCGUAUCUACCCGGUAACCCGGUCCACUCACACAAUCAUUCAGACCACCCCACCACACCCAAUUUCCCCGCUACCGGCAUCUACAAUCGUCCACCCGAGUCGAUGCUAGCUGAAAAAAGAAGAGCAGAAAUGAUGUCGGUCUCAGUGGCGUUCAUUGGAGUGCUGAUGCUUCAUUUGGUCUCCUCACAGAACGAGCCUUCCAUCAACUCGUCGGACCACAUCAUGCUGCCCACUGAUCACCACAGCCUGCCCAUCACUUUGCAGUGCAACCUAACUUCAGCCCACAGUGCCCACAAGGAGAGCUUCUGGAUGAAGAAUGGGGAGGAGAUCCAAGAGACCCGCGGAGAGAGAGCCAACACUGAGUACUACCUGAAGAAGCCCCGAGGAGAGGAUUCAGGGGAGUACAUGUGUGUCUACACCUUCGAUCAGGCCCCGUCUGCUAACGCCACCAUCGAGAUUAAAGCUGGUCCUGACAUCAUAGGCCACAAGCGUAGUGACAAUAAGAAUGAGGGCCAGAAGGCCUUGCUAUACUGUAAGUCCACUGGCUACCCCUACCCUAUCUGGAUCUGGCGCAAACUGGACAAUGGGUUCUACAUGGACAUCAACAACUCCUCCGGCCGUUUCUUCAUUAACAACAAAGACAACUACACUGAGCUGAGCAUCAUCAACCUGGACAUCGACUCCGACCCGGGGGAGUACCAGUGUAACGCCACCAACAUGAUCGGCACCAUGUCCAUCGUGUCUGUGCUGCGGGUCCGGAGCUACCUGGCCUGGCUUUGGCCUCUGCUGGGCGUCCUGGCCGAGGUCGUUAUCCUGGUCAUCAUCAUCGUGGUCUAUGAGAAACGCAAGAAGCCAGACGACAUACAAGACGAUGACGAACCAGCUGGACCCAUGAAAACUAACUCCACCAACAACCACAAAGACAAGAACCUUCGUCAGAGGAACACAAACUGAGCAGAUUGAUGUCUCAUUAUUAAUAAUAACAUAUUAUACAUGUAUUGACCAUAUGAAGGUAACCAGGAGAGGGAUCCAUAGCAAUGUGUUAAUGAGGAGGAGGAGGAAGAGGAGGAGCUACUGUAAAUGUCUGUAUUGUAUGAUGAGGCAUGCCUUCUGAUUUGAUUAUCUGUUUAUCGUGUGAUGGGGGUGAAGAAGGUGAUCAAUGAAUGUGAUCCCCAUAACAUUAUGAAUGGUUUACGAAGUGUCUAUGAAGCAUUAUAACCAUUGUGGCUGCAUGCAGUUAUUGAUUGUUGCUGUUUAUUUAUUUAUUAUUUAUUCUUAUCAGAUUCUUGUCAUUUUCAAUAUUUUUUUAAACUAAUUCUGAAGUAAUGCAUGCAAGGUAUUCUAACCUUCUGUUUGGUGUUGACAUGACAUGACUUUUUCCUCUCCGUCUCAAAGGGCACCCUAGUCCAUAUACAGUGCACCACUUUUUGACCUGGGGCCUGGGUCUCAAAUCCAAAAUGGCACCCUAGUCCCUAUAUAGUGAUCUACUCUUGACCAGGGCUCACAGGGUAGUGCACUAUAUAGGACAGGGGUAUUCUGACCCUACUGUAUAGGGCAGGGGUAUUCUGACCCUACUGUAUAGGACAGGGGUAUUCUGACUCUACUGUAGGGCAGGGGUAUUCUGACCGUACUGUAUAGGGCAGGGGUAUUCUGACCCUACUGUAUAGGACAGGGGUAUUCUGACCCUACUGUAGUGCAGGGGUAUUCUGACCCUACUGUAUAGGGCAGGGGUAUUCUGACCCUACUGUAUAGGACAGGGGUAUUCUGACCCUACUGUAUAGGGCAGGGGUAUUCUGACCCUACUGUAUAGGACAGGGGUAUUCUGACCCUACUGUAGGGCAGGGGUAUUCUGACCCUACUGUAUAGGACAGGGGUAUUCUGACCCUAAUGUAUAGGGCAGGGGUAUUCUGACCCUACUGUAUAGGACAGGGGUAUUCUGACCCUAUGAGGUCCGGAGCACUGCUGGUUUUCUGUUCUACAUGAUAAUGAUUUACACCCACCUGAUGUCCCAGGUCUAAAUCAGUCCAUGAUUACAGGGGAAUAAUGGGAUCCUUUUUUUGAUGAAUUUGAGGGAUAGACUUUUAGAGUAAAAGGUGCUAUCUAGAACCUAAAAGGGAUCUUCGGCUGUCCCCAUAGGAGAACCCUUUGAAGAACCCUUUUUGGUUCGAGGUAGAACCCUUUUGGUUCAUGGAUCCUGAAAGAGUUCUACCUGGCACUAAAAAGUGUUCUAACCUGGAACCAAAAAGAGUUCUACUAUGGGGGACAGCCGAAGAACCUUUUGGAACCCUUUUUUCUAAGAGUAUAUAAGGAAUAGGUUCCCAUAGGGAGGAAUAGGUUCCCAGAGGGAGGAAUAGGUUCCCAUAGGUAGGAAUAGGGUGCCCUUUGAGAUGCUGGCCUGGUUUUGUUGACUUUGAGAUGCUGGCCUGGUUUUGUUGACUUUGAGAUGCUGGCCUGGUUUUGUUGACUUUGAGAGUGGCUUCAUGUUGAUAGAUAAUCAUAAUUUAUUUGUGUUGACUAUGAGAAUCUAAAGACUUUGCAAUGUAAAAGAAAAAUCGCCAGAGAUCGUAAUCUGGUAUGACAGUAAAUCUGUACAUCAUUCUGCUGCAUAAUAUUUUAUAAGUUGGUAACUUGUUUAACAUUUCAUCAGAUUAGAUUUGGUUUACAUUUUAAUGAGGGCUUUACAAUGUCCCCCCGUCUUUUGACUUUGAUUGAUAAUUCCUAUAUUUGACAUGUUCUGUAUGCAUAUCUUUAUGAAAUCACCUUCAUAUAUAAUGAUAUAUGAAGGAUAUUCAUUCAUAAGAUGCACUUAAGUGUUGAAAAAUAAUGGGAAUUUAAAAAAAAAUCUGUAUGAAUUUCAUUCAGUAGCUAAGCAACUGAACUCCACCCAAUCCUAACCCUAUUGCUAGAGUAUGUGUAUUGUGUAUAGCAUGGCUAUUAUCCUAUGCAAUAAUAAUAAUCAAUAUUGAUAUUUAUAUAUACAAGUCCCUCUUAGCAGCUUUAGAUUUUACUGAGUAAGACAUCUUUAUUAGAGUAAGGGUAAUCACCUUUAGAGCAUUUAUAGAUACCGUACUGCUCAGCUGUAUGCUGAUCGAUAAUCACCUUUAGAGCAUUUAUAGAUACCGUACUGCUCAGCUGUAUGCUGUAUCAGUUGAUCUCUAUAUAUAUCUCUAUAUAUGACAAUGAUAUACAUCUAUACAGUGGCCUUCAGAAUGUAUUCAUAACCAUUUACCCAUUCCAUAUUUUGUUGUGUUACAGCCUGAAUUCAAAAUGGAUGAAAUAUAUUUGUUUUUCUCACCCAUCUACACAGAAAACCACAUCAUGACAAAGGGAAAACAUGUUUCUAGAAAUGUAGCACAUUUAUUGAACAUUAAAUACAGAAAUAUAUCAUUUAAAUAAGUAUUCAGUCCCCUAAAUCAAUACAUGUUAGAAUCACCUUUUAACAGUGAUUACAGUUGAGUCUUAAGAGUCUUUCUGGGUAAGUCUCUUAAGAGCUUUGCACAUCUGGAUUGUACAAUAUUUGAACAAUGUUCUUUUUAAAAUGAUUCAAGCUCUGUCAAGUUGGUUGUUUAUAAUUGCUAGACAGCCAUUUCAAGUCUUGCCAUAGAUUUUCAAGCAGAUUUAAGUCAAAACAGUUACUAGGCCACUCAGUACCAACUCCAGUGUAUAUUUGGCCUUGUGUUUUAGGUUAUUGUCCUGCUGAAAAGUGCAUUUGUCUCCCAGUGUCUGUUUGAAAGUUUUCCUUUAAGGAUUUUCCCUGUGGUUAGCUCUACUCCAUUUAUUUUUAUUUAUUAAAAAAACUCCCUAGUCCUUAACAAGCAUACCCAUAACUUGAUGCAGCCACCACCAUGCUUGAAAAUAUGAAGAGUGAUACUCAGUGAUGUGUUGUGUUGGAUUUGCCUCAAACAUAAGACUUUGUAUUCAGGACAAAAAGUGAAUUGCUUUGCCACAUUUUUUGCAGUUUUAUUUUAGUGCCUUAUUGCAAACAGGAAGCAUGUUUUGCAAUGUUUGUAUUCUGUACAGGCUUCCUUCUUUUCACUCUGUCAAUUAGUUUAGUGUUGUGGAGUAACUACAAUGUUGUUGAUCCAUCCUCAGUUUUCUCCUAUCACAGCCAUUAAACUCUGUAACUGUUUUAAAGUCACCAUUGACCUCAUGGUGAAAUCCCUGAGCGGUUUCCUUCCUCUCCACCAACUGAGUUAGGAAGGACGCCUGUAUCUUUGUAGUGACUGGGUGUAUAGAUACACCAUCCAAAGUGUAAUCAAUAACUUCACCAUGAUCAACGUCUACUUAUUUUUUUAAUUUUUUUUUACAAUUUACCAAUAGGUGUACUUAUUUGUGAGGCAUUGGAAAACCUCCCUGGUCUUUGUGGUUUAAAUUGUUUUUGAAAUUCACUGCUCGAUUGAGUGACCAUGCAGAUAAUUGUAUGUGUUGGGUACAGAGAUGAUGUAGUCAUUCAUAAAUCAAGUUAAACACAAUUAUUGCACACAGGGUGAGUCCAUGCAACCUAUUAUGUGACUUGUUAAGCAAAUGUUUACUCCAGAACUUAUUUAGGCUUGCCUUAACAAAGGGGUUGAAUACUUAUUGACUCAAGACAUUUCAGCUUUUCAUUUGUAAACAUUUUCUAAAAACAUCAUUCCACUUUUACAUUAUGGGGAAUUGUGUGUAGGCUAGUGAUGAAAGAAAUAUCUACAUUUUUUAUAAAUGUUUAAUUCAGACUGUAACACAACAAAUUGCAGAGAAAGUCAAGGCGUGUGGAUACUUUCUGAAGGCACUGUGUAUGGGGAGCUAGCGGAGGAAGCAGUGUAAAAACAGGGCCUAUUUUAUCUAUGUACGGAUUGACACUUGUAAAGCUAUCCCAAAUCAAUCCCAAAGUCUAUCCCAAGGUCAAGAUCAAUCUCAAGAUUAAUCCCAAGAUCAAGAUCAAGAUCAACCCCAGGAUCAAUCCCAUGAUCAAGAUCAAUUCCAAGUAAUUUUUAGGAAUAAAAACCUUUAAAAUGAA